CAUCAGGUUAAUACACACAUUAAAUUAGUUGAAAAUUCACAUUCUUCGCCUAUAUUUUUAAUAAAUAUAAAUUUCAAGGUUAACAAGCAUGCAAUCCAAAUUUCAAGACCAUAAAUAUUUCACAUAAUUAACCGUCGUAAAAAUUACAGGGAGCAGCUUGCUCGAGCUUAUUAGGCAGGAACGAGUAUACGAAUUACAGCGAUACUGGAAAAUCCUGGAAACUAUGAAGGUCAUUCCUCCAAAAAGACGACAGAAACGAGACAGCACUGACUCAUCACAACCUUUUUCAUGUCGUCCAGUCAAGUGCACUUAUCCACCGGAUGAUGCCAACUGCACCAUAGCCGAUAAGCACGAUGAGAGCAUUAAUCGGCCAAAAGGCCCAAAAAGUUUGUGUUGUCCGUUGUACAAGUGUAGGGACAAGGAUGGAAUCUUCCCGUAUCACGGUAAAUUAAGAAGGGAAUUGGUGAAACAGCAUAGUACUUAAUGCGCCUUAUUUAGGAGCGUUCGGACGAGGACCAUCAAAAAAUCCUCACAAAAAUAAGAAUGAUGAAAAUAGUAAUUUAUCGAAAUCAUCGGCUACCGGAAGCGACACUUUCUCCUGUUCUUCAGUAUCCUGUCAAUUUCCACCAAAUGAUGCCUCUUGUGUCAUACCUGACAAGUCUGACAUGAGCAUCCCACACCCUAAAGGUCCUUGUGCACUUUUUCACCCCGCAACUUCCACUCCACAAUUCUCAUUCCCCAAUUCUCACUUUCUACUAAUUUUCACGAAAUCACAAAAUAGUAAUACAACCUCAAGGUGGUUGCGUUUAUACCCUAUUUACUCUUAAGUUGGACUGUGAUCCAUGACCUCUGGAGUUCGACCUGGCUAGAAGUUUUUUUAUAUAACCUUUGGGGUAGUGUCCAUACCCUUCAGUUUUUGUACUGGAGGAUUUAUCUUUCUCCAUUCUUGUCCACCAAUCCGACUUUCCAACCCUCCAAAUACCCCUUUUCCCACCUGCUUGCGUAAGAUUCGGUGUCAAUUUUUAUGAAAUUUGUCUAUGAAUAUAUAGGUCAGAAGGCUGGAUGUUGCCCUCUGUAUAAAUGCACCUCCUCGGACGGCUCUAUGUUUCCAUUUCAUGGGGCAUUUGGACGGGGACCUCCUUUGUCGAAGGGAAGACAAAGGGAAUCGGAAGAACAACAAUCGUCCUUGGCUCCCAAAUCGGAUUCUGUUAGGAAAGAGGAAAGCAGCUCGUGUGGAAAGGUUAAUUGUGAACAAGCCCCUGUUAUGGAAUCCAAGUGUCGCAUGCUUGACCCUGAUGAUAAUACUUUUCCAAGACCGCAAGGGAGACACUCGACGUGCUGUCCAAUGUUUAGGUGUGAGAAUUCGGAUGGUUCAUCCUUUUCAUUUCACGGAGCAUUUGGGAGAGGACCGACUACUCUGUCACAAAAAUCUAUGUUUGAAUUUAAAACAACAACGCCAUCACCUAAUGACGUCUGCUCUGAAGUGCACUGCCAAUUUCCACCCUUUGAUUCUCAAUGCUCAAUUGUAGACGUUUUAGACACAAAUGUGAAGCGCCCCAAAGGAAAGACAGCAAAGUGCUGUAAUUUGUUCAAUUGUAAAAAUAAGGAUGGUUCUUCCUUCCCAUUUCAUGGAGUAUACGGCAAAGGUCCAAUUAAACCUCCACCCACAUUGGAAAAACAAGAAGAAAACUUUUCAUGCAAAGAAGUGCAUUGCCAAUUUCCACCAAAUGAUGCUAAAUGUACUCUACAUGAUAAGUCUGAUGAUAGCAUCCAACAACCAAAGGGAAAUAAAAAAUCGUGUUGUGGAGGUGCACUAUACAAAUGUGUUAAUGAUGAUGGCUCGUAUUUUCCAUUUCAUGGUGCGUUUGGGCGAGGGCCUGUGAAAGGAAGUGAGAAAAUUAAGAAAACUACCACACCCACACCACCUCCAAGUUCCUCAACCGCAUUUCCUCCACGAACUACAACUCCAUUUUCUUCAAUGGCCAUGCCCUUCACGUUUCCAACCAUUGACUUUGGCAUGAACAUGUUUAAGGAAAAUUCUAAAUCAUCUACAUUGCCGCAAUCAAUCAAAUCAACCACUGUUGCUCCGAUUACCACAACUACUCCAGCGAGCUUGUUUAAGGAACCCAAAAUGGACUUUAAUUUUCCAAUGAUGGCUAUGGAUAUGAAUAUGGGGAUGAGUAACUUUGGGGCUUCCUCAAAGACAACCACGCCGAUACCCUCAUCAACCUUUGGACGUCUUUCGACAACUACUCCAUCAAGUUUAUCUAAAGAACCCGAGUUCCCAAAAAUGGAUUUCAGUUUUCCAAUGAUGUCCAUGGAUAUGGGCAUGGGGAUGAGUAAUUUUGGGGCUUCCUCAAAGACAACCACGCCGAUACCCCCAUCAAAAUUUGGAGUUCUUUCGACUCCAGCUUCUGUACUCAUUGCCACACCAGCUACGAAAACUACUACAAGCAGACCUGCUACAACAACACAAUUUUCUUCAAUGAUCAAAGAAAUGGAAUUUCCUAAGAUGGAUUUCCCAUCGAUGGACUUUGGUAUGUCCGGAUUCGGAGAUUCGUCAUCAAAAUCUAAAACGACUACACCUUCCCCUUUUAGUACCAGUAUUAAGAAACCAGAUUUGACUAGUACGGCAUCGCCUUUUCCGACGAUGGAGAUGCCCUCCAUGGAUUUUAACAUGAUGGACAUGAAAAUGCCAUCCAUGGAUUUCCCAUCUAUGACUAGCAUGACCCCAUCCACCAAUAAAACUGGAGAAAAUGGGAAUGUCAACGUGAUGAAAGUAGUCGAUAAGACCAACGGUAAUGUGGAAACAAAUGUCGUCGCGACUGGUGGCGAGGACGCCGUGGCAUUUGCAACCGACGGUGGUGGCGAUACUUCGGAUGCAGAUAUUGCCGCAAUGCAAAAAGAAAUGGAUGCAAUGUCCGCAUCGAUGAAUAUGAACAUGAUGAUGAAAAAGAAGCGAGAGACAGAGUAAAAUAUCUCAACAUAAUUGACCAACAAAUUAACCACUAUUUAACUUUUUAAACCAUGUAACGGAGGUAUUUAUGUACAUGUGCCAUCUGAAUAUUUGAUAAUUUUGAUUGCAUACAAAUAUGCCAAAUUAUCUAUAUAACGACUAACGUUAAUCUAUGAAAAUAAUAAAUUUGAUUGCACAAGCACAA